AUGGACGGGGAGCAUAUCCCGAAGUUGGCCUCAGUAGCUGAGAAAACACUCGCGUCAAAAUGCAAGCCUGGGUCAAUGGCGUACUGUCCAACAAUGGACCUGGUCGCGCUGACUAGCGUGGAUGAACGAGUGGAUGUUUUCAGGUUGAAUGGACAGCGGGUGUUUGGGGGUGUUUAUGGUGACGGUGGACGUGGCGGAGGCCAUCUCCUCGCCGUCGCCUGUUCUGAUAACAUUAUCCGCAUCUUAAGCGCGUACAGCGGCAAGACGGUACAUCAAUUACCAUGCGGCCACUCUGUGACAUCUUCAGUUGCAACUGCACCUUCAUCGUCUUCCACGUCUCCACUGGGCUCAGCUUCAUCCGUUUCUUGCCUUGGCUGGGGAAUGAACUUCACCGAUGGCAAGAACGCGUUGAAAUGUCUUCAAGAUGCUGAGGGAAGACUUACUGUCGAUGAUCUACUGUCGACAGAAAUGCAAUUAUCGAAAAUCGCGCAGUUGAAGGCAGAUUUGCCACGAGAGCUAGCUAUGCUGGAUAUGGAGCGGUCAUUGCCUAAGCUGAGCACGUUACCGUCGACGGGGAAUGACGACGAUGUGUUUGGUUCACGAGCUUCGAUUGAUUCCAUCUUUCAUACUACCAAUAAAAACACCGGUGACUCUGUCGAUGUCCUGCUAGCUGGCUUCGACGACGGGACUAUUCACCUCCGCAUUUUUGACUGCUUCGAUGUCGGCUGCUUUCAUGUCGGGAGCUCUCUUGGGAGCGCUACUAACAGCAGAAUUCUUCUUCACGCUUUUCACCCCAUCAGCUCUACUCAUUCUCUUUUGUUCUCAACCGAAAACGGGAUGCGACUCAUCACUCUCGACCUCCGAUUUAUUACAAAAUCUGGAAGAUACUUGUCGCUCCUCGCGUCGAAAAUUACGCAGCUACAAAAUUUGCUACGGUAUAUCAAGCAGGUGCAGGCACAGAUUCAACUCGAGUGGAAGAAUUCUCAGGAUCUUCCGGGACGGUAUAUCAGAAAUGUAACUGAGGACUUGCAGGACAAAUGCGCGUGCGAUUUUGUGACCGCUGCAUACCACCUGCUUGUGACUGGGGACUGUUUCGAACCGCUGAGAGAGUUUCUGGUAGACGUCCUUGGCGAGAGGGGCCAUAAACGUUGGGAAAAAGCAGUUACAUCAGGCUACGAGGCGCUGAGGCGACUGACCCACGAGUGUCUUCUUCCAGCAUUGGAGCGGGGUGGAGUCCUCCUGAGUCGGUUAAUAGGGCUGUCAAAAUUCCACAAACUCAGCCCGAUUCUCGGGCUGGAAACUGCAGAUCUGGAGAAAUGCCAGGACACCAUAGACUGCCUUGGCCUCCUCUCCCAUAAAGUGCUGAUCCAUAGCAGUCGCGAGCUCCACGAGUUUACCGCCUUCUCAAAAUGGCUAAGACAUGAAGUUGACCUACAAACCGCUGAUCCUCUAUCUGCCACCUAUGAAGAACUGACGGAGAGCAGGGAUUCUCUCGACCAUGGACAGGUACUAAGUUACAUACAGGGAGCGAUGGCUCGUAGCGUUCUUCAGGAUUUCAUCCAGCCUGUCCCCACACAGUCGCCUCCUGACCGAUGGAAGCCGUCAGGGCAAGACAGCUCCUUUUAUGAAACAUAUAAGAAAUUACUAAAGCAGCAAGAUCAAAAGAAACGGGCUAAUCAAAUCGAUAUGCCGCUACUUGGCGAUCUGACAGCUCGUCUUGGACUCCAAAGUGAAAAGGUGUUCAAGCAGAUUGCGGAGACGCAGCGACGAGGCAUCCUCCACCGGUCGCCAUUGGCUCUUGGACCUGAUUGCGAUGCGAAGGUUGUAGAUAUGACGAUGAAUUUCGGGCAUUUCGAGAACUCUGCAUACCCAUCUGUAUAUAUUGCGACGAAAUCAAAAAGCUCUCCAUGGAUAUUGUAUCUUUAUAGGGUCAUCAUCGAUACAGUAAACGGCGUCAGCUCAACCAAAGCCACGCUCCUCUCUGCAAUCAGCCUAAAACGAGGGAGCAUCACAGCCGUAAAAUUCGUCGAAGACGGUACACUAAUGCUUCUCUUAUCUGACCUGGGAAACGUACACCUCCUCAGUUUCCCUUACAUUCCCAACAUGGACACUCCAUUCCACCCCAACUACAUCCGAGUAGGCGAUGACGGUUCUGAGACUUCUGCUACAUCAGAUUCCGUGACGCCCCCAGUGCAGGUAACGCUCCUGCAUCUCGCGAAUGGGGAGCAGGAUGCGGAGCUUGUGCGGCAUACAUUCCCACAGCAGGAGGGUAUGGAGCCAGUUGAACUGGAGGUCAAUGGACGGAAGGGGAGAAGGGUUGUGUGUGUUUUGUAUGCGGAUGGACUGCGGUAUUCUGUGUUUGAUAUGGAUAGCUCAGGGGUGGCAGAAGAGGAGGAGGAAGCUGGAGAUGGGGAGAUGGAAGUAGAGGAUAAGGUCAUGGCACAAUGAGCAUGGCUUUCGGCUUCUAUAUCUGUUUCUUACGGCGAUUACAUAUGAUAUUUUCGUAGGGAGAAUAAAUGUACGACUAUGUUUGUUGAGG